CCUGGCUGCUUUGCAAAGCGUGGCGGAGUCGAGCCUUGCUGCUGCACUGGUCUGCAGCAGGAUCUCUAGGUACGUCCAUAACAACAAAUGAUACAAAAAUGGCAUCUAAUCCAAGUGUAUUUUUACUUAUGUUAAGUGGACAGAUUGAAUGCGGUGACUUUCCAGAAUUUGAUAAUAUCUACUUUAAGUACAACUUUGUAUUUGGCCAAGACUGGGUCAUCACCUCGGGUUUAGAAGAGGGAGUGUCGCAAGUUAGCAAGAAGAGCCAAGACGGCCGGCACACCUUCGUUUGGAAUUUUCCGCUAGAAGUGACUUUCAAAAGCACAAAUCCUUUUGGAUGGCCCCAGCUCGUUCUUAGUUGCUAUGGGCAGGAUGUCUUUGGAACGGCUGUUGUCAGGGGCUAUGGAGCUGUGCAUGUCCCAAUUUCUCCCGGAAAACAUGUUAGAAUAAUUCCAAUGUUUGUACCAGAGUCGUCAUCAAGAUUUCAGAAAUUCACAAGUUGGUUUAUGGGUAGAAAACCAGAAUACGUAGAUGCUAAUGUUGUGGCUAGAGGUGAAGGCAGAGAAGUAACCCGUGUCAGAUCUCAAGGUCAUAUCAGAGUAUCUUUCAAUAUUGUGAGUCGCGAUAUGAAGAAACUAGGCUACGAUGUCCAGCCUUCUUCCCUCAGCAUACCGAGUGCAUCCACAGCAAGUGCAAUGGCCGGGAGUUCUGUCCCAGGUGCUGCAGCGGCUAUGCUACCAACGGCUAAUGUUGCUAAAGAAGCCAGGUGAGGAUGGUGCAAGUCCUCUACUUAAGAUGUACCAGUGUUCAACUCAGGAAUUGUUUAAUUCAUUGAAUGAUCAAAGUCUGAGACUUUAAAAAUGAGAUGAUCAGUCUUUACAAUUACUAGGAGGCAAAGCUGAUGAGGCAAAAAAAGAGCUUAGGAAAGGGCUUAUAGAACCAGAUGCAAGUCCACACGGAAACUUCUGAAGCAAAUAAUGUGCUCAGGAACUGAAAUAAAAGUUGCUGCUUAAGUAUCUGUAAUGUACAAUUCUAAUAGCUAGCAUAACUUCUUAUGUGAGAGUGGUUGGGAUUCUGCUCAACUUUAAUGUUGGGGGUUUGAUUUUAACUCUGACACACAACAUUUUUCAUGUUGCUAGUAGUUUUGAGUAGGAUUAGGAAUGUAUAUUCCACCUUGUAAAUAUUCUUAAUAACAUGAUUAAAAUUAGUCUAAAUAAAAUUAGUUUAAAAGUUUAUCAAAUAUAUCGAUAUCUAUAUCUUAAAAAGUGUGUGCUCCCCUUUAUAAUAAAGAAUUAUCUUUAUUCAUGCUUUCAUUUACAACCAUUCUACUGUUACUGCCUUACUCUUUCACACAAAUCUAUCAAAACUAUAAUUUAUAAAUUGCUACUGAAUAGAUCAAUGUGAACAAUGUUUUUAAAAUGUUGACUAUUGUAGAUAUCGAUAUAUUUGAUAAACCAUUAAUAAGUAUUUCAUACUGUAUACUGUACUGAUUUUGUUAGUGCUGUAAAUGGAAACAUGUUAUAUCGUCAUUGCGGACUUACUCCCGCAUACGCCCUUAAAGCUAAAAGAAAAUGCAUACGUUUAGAGUCCGUACUGAGCCCAAAAAAUCCGCAAUGAAAAUAUAACGUGUUUGGAAUGAUUUUUUCAAUAAUGGACUCAAUGAUUACUCAAUGACAAUUCCAGUUUUUAUUCACCUUGAUGUACACUGAAGGACAUUGACUGUAAAUAAUUUGUAAUAAAAUAAAUGUAAAUUGA